AUGUCCCUUAUCUCUGAUGCUGCCCGUCUUUCUGUCGUAAUCACGCAGGGUUCGUCCAAUUUUACAUGGGCUGGGGUGCCCUUGGGGAUCCUCUCCGCCUGGGAGCCGCUAGGCGGAAUCUUCUGUGCCAAUCUGCCUAUAAUCUAUCGCGCAGGAGUGACCAUGCUUUGGAACCUCAAAUGGUUUGCGCCUGGACAGCCUUCUUGUACGGGCAACUCGAAUUCCCAGCCCUAUCGGGGCGCAGAGCAAUCCCAUCGACCUUGGGCCCGCAUCUACAACAGGAGCGGCGCGCAGAUGGACUACCACUCAGAAGCCUCUGCCACCAAAGCGCGCGAUCAGGUCACAGAGUUACAGUCAAUAAGUCGCAAUGCCAUUCAAGUGGACCAGUAUUUCGAGCAGCAGGUUCAUCAUGAAGGCGAAGAGACCCCGUUGCGUCCGAUGCCAAAAGGAAGCUCAUAG